GCCCGAGCCGCGGUGCGCGCCCGGGGCUCGGCCCAUGUCGCCGGAGCCGGGAUGAGGGCGCCCGCGCUGCUGCCGCCCGCGCUGCUGACCUGCUGCGGCUGGCUGCUCGCUCCCGUGAAUAGUGUUCACCCAGAAUGUCGAUUUCAUCUGGAAAUACAAGAGGAAGAGACAAAAUGUGCAGAGCUUCUAAAGACUCAAACAGGAGAAUACAAAGCCUGCACCGGUGUCUGGGACAACAUUACCUGCUGGCGCCCUGCAGACGUAGGCGAGACCGUCACAGUACCCUGUCCUAAAGUGUUCAGCAACUUUUACAGCAAACCAGGAAACAUAAGCAAAAACUGCACAAGGGAUGGGUGGUCGGAGAUGUUUCCAGAUUUCAUAGACGCGUGUGGCUAUCAUGAUGCUGAGGACGAGAGCAAGAUCACCUUCUACAUCCUGGUGAAGGCCAUUUACACUCUGGGCUACAGUGCCUCCCUGGUCUCCCUUACAACGGGAAGCGUAAUUCUUUGCGUCUUCAGGAAGCUGCACUGCACCCGGAACUAUAUCCACCUGAACCUGUUCCUCUCCUUCAUCCUCCGAGCCAUCUCAGUGUUGGUCAAGGACGACGUUCUGUACUCCAGCUCGGGCACACUGCACUGCCCUGACCAGCCAUCCUCCUGGGUGGGCUGCAAGCUGAGCCUGGUGUUUUUCCAGUACUGCAUCGUGGCGAACUUCCACUGGCUGCUGGUGGAGGGGCUGCACCUGCGCACCCUCCUCGUGGCCAUCUUCUCCCCCGGCCGUCGCCUUGUGGCCUACCUCCUGAUCGGAUGGGGCAUCCCCACCGUGUGCAUUGGCGCGUGGACAGCCGCCAGGAUUGCCCUGGAAGACACAGGCUGCUGGGACACCAACGAUCACAGUGUUCCCUGGUGGGUCAUACGAGCACCGAUUCUGACAUCCAUCAUAGUCAAUUUUGUCCUCUUCGUUAGUAUCAUACGGAUCUUACUACAGAAGUUGACAUCUCCAGAUGUCAGCGGCAACGACCAGUCACAGUACAAGAGGCUAACCAAGUCCACGCUGUUGCUUAUCCCACUGUUCGGAGUUCACUACAUGGUAUUUGCUGUGUUUCCUAUCGGCAUCUCCUCCAAAUACCAGAUCCUGUUUGAAUUGUGCAUCGGAUCUUUUCAGGGCCUGGUGGUGGCCAUCCUGUACUGCUUUCUCAACAGCGAAGUGCAGAGUGAGCUGAAAAGGAAGUGGCGAGGCAUGUGCCCCAGCCGGCCCUGCGGCCAGGACUCCCGGCUGCACAGCUCUUCCAUCUCCAGGAACGGCUCGGAAAGUGCCCUGCAGCACCCCCGGGGCUCCCGUGCCCUGUCCUUCCUGCACACAGAGACCUCGGUCAUCUAGCAUGCCACCGCCUCACAGACGGACUCCCCGGGGGCAUGUUAGCCGUGACGUGCUAGCGCUGGUCUCUGUGUGUGCCUCGAUGGAACUGGGGUCACACUGUGGCUGGCUGGCUUUGCCCAGGUUGAUGGGCCCAU